AUGGCCGUGAUCGCGGCGCCGCAGACAGAUAUCGUCGAGAACAUCAUCUGCAGACACCUCCAUGACUCGGAACUAUCCAACCAGCCCCUUGACUGUAAGAGAGAGGCGGUCCAAAGCGAACUGGCGUUGGUGCAGGGAUGGGGAGACUCUCUCAUACAGAUUCCAGGAAUUUUCCUUGCGCUUCCGUAUGGAAUUUUGGCUGAUAAACGCGGUCGCAAGCCUGUGUUCAUGCUAUCCUUUUUUGGGGUACUCCUCAGCGAUACCUGGGUCAAAAUCGUGUACCUAUUCCCCGAUAUCUUUCCGAUUCGUAUGGUCUGGGCGGCGCCCGUCCUGCAAGUCAUUGGCGGUGGUCGCGCUGUUGGCACCCUUCUCACAUAUACUAUCAUCGCGGACGUCGCCCCUCGAGCGGAACGAACCCGAUGGCUCUUGUGGCUCACGGCCAUCGAUUUGAUGGCCUUUAUCCUGGGUGGCGCCGGUGGUGCUGUGUUGAUGAGGCGGAGCUCAUGGGAUCCUCUAAUACUGUCGUCUUUUCUCCUGAUACUCACCAUGUUGACCAUGAUGACGAUACCGGAAACACUUUCAAUGGAUGAUAAGUAUUCUGGUGAGGACAGGGAAAUGGAAUCACUGUCUAGUCGGCCUGCAAUGGGGGCGUCGCGCGCAUCAUUUCGCAGACUCACCGCGUCUAUUCGAGCCAUCUGGACAAAUCCGGUGAUCAUACUCCUCCUCGUUGUGUUUCUUCUUGUGCGCUUAAGCACCGAGUCCAAGUCGGCGCUUUUGCAGUACACAUCAAAAAGAUUCAGAUGGGACUACAGUACAGCAAGUCUUGUGUUUACCUUAGGUGACAUUUGCCAGUUGCUUCUUACGACUGUGUUGAUGCCGCUUUUGGACACGUAUCUUGAACACCGGACCAAGCUCAGCACCGGUGAGAAAGACUCACUACUAUCAGAGAUCAGUUGCUGGCUUCUCGUCGUGGGCUGCUUUGUCCUGGGCGAAUCCAGCCAUCCCAUCGGCGUGAUCUUUGGCCUUAUAAUUAAUGCGCUAGGUUCAGCAGCUCCUGUAACUUUGCGCAGCAUGGCCACGUCCCUAGUGCCCCCUUCUUCUGUUGGAAGCUUAUACACAGCAAUUUCCAUGGCGCAGGGAGUGGGGGGGUUGUUAACCGGUCCUUUCUUCGCGGGUUCGUUCCACUGGGGAAUGGUUCUGGGAGGGCAUUGGCUUGGCCUGCCAUUUCUUUUGACGAGCGGUUUCUGUCUCAUUGCAUCCAUUAUAACGUCAUGCUUGUCACGGACUAACAGGGGUAGAGAUAACGGUCGGGUUUACAGAUAG